AUGCAUCCGAAGCAGCUCACUUUUACAUUCAGAAACCUGACCAAUGUGGGGCUUUUUGGUAUCUUUCCUUUGUCUCGAGAACGGCAUUCGUGUGCCAAAAUAACAAAGGGCAUUGCUGAGAAGACCAAUUUGGUGUGGGAGCCAUCGAAGGAUUUGAAGCACCUGAACUUGAAGGUUCUGCAGAUGUCCGGAUUCGAGAAGGAAGACAAGGUGACAAACUACAUAAGGCUAGUCAUGGAGCCAACUGUGGGGUUGAAGAGAAUUGAGCUGCAUGGAGAAGAGCCAUGCGAGAAAUGCGAUGACAUUGAUGACAUUGACCCGAUGAGAUCCCACGUGGAUGAAGCCCGCAGGCGUCGGAUUAAGGAGCGACUCACACAUGGGCCCUCCUCAUCCGUAGAGAUAAUAAUAUGCUGA